CGGUCGGGAUGGAGAUCGGUUUGUAGUGAACGCAUUGAAAUCGUAUCCGAACCCAGCAGGAUCGCUGACCCUGACCGGAUCUGUGCAUUGCAACCCGAUGCUACUGGAAGAUUUCACUUGCAUCAUGCUUCAGGUCACAAGAAAGCCCUGGAAUUUGGGGAAGAAUCUUCAGAAACAGAAUGGGAGACAUUGUGUGGGAAUGUCGUUAAUUAACUCAGACUGAGAUGGACAACAAAAUAAAGCUGUUGAAUACCAGAAUCUAAGUUUAGCAGUUUGUUAAGGAAGCAAAAUUACUUUCUGUAUGAGAAAAAUGCUGAGAACUACUCCUGCUGAGAUCCAGAAAGCCAUGAGUGAAAGAGAGGUCAGAUCAAGUUUCAGAGUUUUCAACGGAAUGGUGGUUUGAGCAAGCUAACAAAGGAAAUUUAAAAAACACAAACAUUCAAUCAGCAAACCUGUUUUUCUUCCUUCCAUCAGCAAGAAAAGGAGUUUUUAGUGUUGAAUAUUGCUGUCAUGGCUAUGACCGUUGGAGAGAUGUUGUGGACACUUUGUGCAUUGUCUGUUCUUUUGGGACGGGGUGGUGGCCACAGUAUGUUUGCUUGUGAACCCAUUUCCCUGAGAAUGUGCCGUGACCUGCCUUACAAUAUGACAUUUAUGCCAAAUCUCCUGAAUCACUAUGACCAGCAAACUGCAGCCCUGGCUAUGGAGCCAUUCCAUCCUCUUGUAAACUUGGAAUGUUCCAGGGAUCUACAGCCGUUCCUAUGUGCAAUGUAUGCCCCUGUUUGCACUGAGUAUGGGCGUAUUACACUGCCAUGUCGUAAACUGUGUCAGCGAGCAUAUCUGGAGUGUAAUAAGCUGAUGGAGAUGUUUGGAGUCAUGUGGCCAGAGGAGAUGGAGUGUAUAAAAUUUCCAGACUGUGAUGAAGCCUAUCCACGCCAGACUGACUCUAUUUCAGGUGGUGAUCCCACAGAGGACGCCCCAAUGGCAGUGCAGAGAGACUAUGGUUUUUGGUGCCCACGGGAAUUGAAAAUUGAUCCUGAACUUGGCUAUUCCUUCCUAGGGGUCACAGACUGUUCACCACCCUGUCCUAACAUGUACUUCAGACGUGAAGAACUUUCUUUUGCAAGGUACUUCAUCGGCGUGAUCUCCAUCGUUUGCUUGUCUGCUACACUCUUCACCUUUCUCACAUUCCUUAUUGAUGUGAAGCGAUUCCGCUAUCCAGAACGGCCAAUCAUAUUUUAUGCAGUCUGUUACAUGAUGGUAUCCUUGGUGUUUUUUAUUGGGUUUCUUCUAGAAGACACAGUUGCAUGCAACAGAAAUGAUCCUUCAGUUUAUAAAGCAUCUACAGUGACACAAGGUUCCCACAAUAAGGCAUGUACUAUGCUAUUCAUGAUACUUUACUUCUUCACAAUGGCAGGCAGUGUCUGGUGGGUGAUUCUGACUAUCACGUGGUUUUUGGCUGCUGUUCCCAAAUGGGGCAGUGAAGCCAUAGAGAAGAAAGCACUGCUGUUCCAUGCAAGUGCUUGGGGGAUCCCAGGAACUCUCACGAUCACUCUCCUUGCCAUGAACAAAAUUGAAGGAGACAACAUCAGUGGUGUUUGCUUUGUUGGACUGUAUGACAUUGAUGCACUGCGAUAUUUUGUUUUAGCUCCUCUCUGUCUCUACGUGGUGGUAGGUGUUUCUUUGCUACUGGCAGGUAUAAUAUCUCUGAAUCGUGUAAGGAUUGAAAUCCCACUAGAAAAAGAGAACCAGGACAAGUUGGUGAAGUUUAUGAUCCGUAUUGGUGUAUUCAGUGUUCUCUACCUUGUGCCGCUCCUUGUGGUAAUUGGAUGUUACUUUUAUGAACAAGCAUUUCGUACUGUAUGGGAGACGACAUGGAUUCAGGAACGCUGUCGUGAAUACCAUAUUCCCUGCCCUUACCAGGUUACCCAGGUGAGCCACCCUGAUCUUAUUCUCUUCCUUAUGAAAUAUCUGAUGGCGCUGGUUGUUGGAAUUCCUUCUGUAUUCUGGGUUGGCAGUAAGAAGACCUGCUUUGAAUGGGCCAGCUUCUUCCAUGGACACAAAAAGAAAGAUUCUGUAAAUGAGAGCCGCCAAGUACUGCAGGAACCCGAGUUUGCGCAGUCAUUGUUGAGAGACCCCAACACCCCAAUCAUCCGCAAAUCCCGAGGUACCUCUACGCAAGGAACCUCUACUCAUGCCUCUUCACAGCAGCUUGCCAUUAUGGAUGACCAAAGGAGCAAGGCCGAUAGUGUCCACAGUAAACUCAGCAGUUACCAUGGCAGCCUGCACAGAUCAAGAGAUGGCAGAUAUACACCAUGCAGCUUCAGAGGUUUGGAUGAGCGGUUGGUGCAUGGUAGUCUGCCGAGGCUCAAUGACCAAUCCCGGCAAAGCAGCCAACACCGCCUGAAUGAUCAGUCCCGGCAAAGCAGCAUUAGGGACCUGACAAACCCAGCAACUCAUAUUACGCACGGUACCAGCAUGAACCGGGUCAUUGAGGAAGACUGCACAAGUGCCUAAACAUAACCUCCUUUCCAAGGCAAAAUGAAGGAGGCAAAGGGAAGAUGGGUAAAGCUGUUUACAAAGCAUUUACAAGACAGAAUUUGUUUAGUGGCAGUUGUUACAAUAGGUCAAUGGCAGAUAAAUAGAUAAAGGUCUUGUAAAUUGCAGCUUCAUCUAUUGUCACUAAUGUUGGGAAGGAGGUUUAAAUAGUUACUGACAUAAACAUGAUGAUCUCCUCUUUGGAACAACAAAAGUUUAGAUGUAUUUCAACUGUCACAAUCAAUGUAAAGGCGAGAAAGAAGGAAGUUUUCAAGGUGGCAUCUCAUUCCUAACAGAGAGCUGCUCGUUCUGGCUAUUCUGUAAAACUGGGCGGGUAGGAAGCUUAGAUUCAUCUUCAAGGACAAUAUGAUAUGAUUCAUAAUGUAAAAAAAAAACUUUUUAUAUCUUUGCUGAGACAUCUUUAAAUGAACACGUACAUUUCUUAUGCAAAAUUUGACAUCAUGAAGACACCAUUCUCAUGUCUGGUCAAAAGGAUCAUUGGAACUAUUUUUAUUAACUUUAUGGCAGAGAUGGUAAGAACAUUAAUACAAAAACCUGUCAGUUUUCAGAACUCCCAUCUCCAUGAGAUUAAAUUCUAUUAUUAGAAACUGGAUGCAUGGUAUGAAAGAAACAAUGAAACGAUGUGAUUAAAGUGUAGAUAUAUGUUGCAUUUACUUGAAAUGAGAUAGCUUUUGUAAAGGGGCUAAUGCAAAAUUUUUGUUCAGUCUGUAGUUGUGUCAGGACAUUGCAAUGCUACCUCACAAUGCUCCUUCUAAUAUUUGACAGGAUAGGAAACAGAUGAGGCAGUUUUGCCAAAUAACCAGUUACUACACAGGGGCAGGGAUAAUGGAUAGAGAAAUGGAAUUGUGACCUAAAAUGCAUAUUUGGCAUGAACAUCAAAUGCUGGCCUUGUCAGUGAUGCUCACGUGCCAUGAAAGAAUUUUUAAAAACACGGAACUUGUUAAGGUGGGAUGCAAUAUACAUCCAAGUUAUUGUUAUACCUUGUGAUGGGGAAGCUUAACGAUCUAGAAUAGUAUUGUUUCAACGCCUCUCCCAACACAUGCCAAUGCCCAGCUCAAAGAUAAAAAUAAUGUGGACAAAUGAAUAAUACUGCUGACAGAAAGUAUUCCACCUGAUAAAGCACUCAAGUUUCAUUCCAUGCUUUGGGAAGAAGAUCUAGGCCUACAUUGUUUUAUGAGUUAAGAAGUGUUAAUACUCGAAAUGUUGACUUCUUCACCUCUUGAUACUACCUGGUUUGCUGUGUUCUUCCAGACCCUUGUUUGUAUAAUUUGGAUUCCAGCAUCUGCAGUAUUUUUGUCUCUAACCAGGUUUAUACCAUUGUGAAGUCUCUUCAAAGGAUGCCCACUUUGAAGAGAUUCUCUGCCUCCAUCAGAUGUAAACUCAGUGAGUCCCUUUCUCACUGCCUCACUGCUGUUUCCUCUUCAGCUCUUCAACCACACUGUGAAACAACCCACUACUACAGCCACAUGACCUACCACAGCAACCAUUUCAUCCCUCAAGGCCAACAGGUACAUUUUAAACUCUCAAUAAUUGGACCUACUUUAAAUGCCUUCAUAAACAAUUCUCUCUCUGGAUCCUCCACUCAACCUUCUCUGCAAUGCACCAGCACCUGCAUUCCUUCUCCUCGUUUCACACAACCCCACCCCUCCAAAGUCUCUCUUUCCUAAACUUGUGGAGGACCUCUACUCUUUGACACAGAAACACAUGCUCAACAAAGGGUUUUUCUGUUUAAUCUUGGACAUUAAAAAUUGUAAGUUCACAAGAGUCUCCUCUACUCACCUCCAGUUAGAGAAAUCACUUACCAUUCAAAAGCCAUGCCCUGUUUCUGACCACUUCCUGCCCCCCAUGCUGGCGCUGCCACUACGCACAUGCAGACCUCAUCCAGCACCAGGCCUCUCCAGUGUAACGCCACUUCUGGUUCCAGUUCCAGUCCAGCACCCAGGCCUCUGUAUCCAUUGCAUGGACCCAACCGUCCGUUCUCUACUCUGUACAAUUCCUCAAACGCUGCCUUGGAUUCCGCCAACAAAAGGACUGGUACCUGUCUCAGCUUCCCUAAAACAUGCACCUCCACUCUGGAUUCUUCCUCCCCCCCACCCCAACUCUCCCAUCAGCAUAUGGACACUGAUCACCCAGGGUCACUCCUGGGUCCUCCUGCCCACCUGCAGCUAGCCAACACACCUCUCUUUCCUCAUCUAACCACCCUGACAUACUCCCUGCCCUUCCACCUCUCCUCCCUACUUCAUCUUCCCCACACCCCUCCGCACAUCCAGUCCUCCAUCCCACCACCCUCCCACUUUCCUUUCCCUCCAACGACUGUUCCCACAUCUCCCACCACCACACCGCGUUCAACCCUCACCUAACAUAUGCUAUUACCCUUCCAACACUCUCCUUUAGCCACUUCGAGAACUCUCCAAAACACCAUACUUGAGCCAUGCUACAUAGACACCAUACCCCCCGACCUCAAACUGUCUGAGACCGAACAGUCUGUCCUCAGUAAAGGGCUCCUCAUUUGUGCUCCUCCGCCCCCACCUCAAUGAAUUAGUCCUCACCUACAAUAACUUUUUCUUCAAUUCUUCCCACUUUCUGCAAAUCCUGGGGGUGGUCAUGGGCACUUGCAUGGGCUCUGGCUAUGCCUGCCUUUUUGGUGAUGUUGAACAUGCCCUCUUCAGUACGUACAUGGGUACUGUUCCCUAACUCUUCCACCAUUACAUAGAUGACUGUAUUGGUACUGCAUCCUUCACCCAGGCUGAACUGCAGCAGUUCAUAGUCUUCGCUAACAACUUCCACCCUGCCCUCAAAUUCACUUGGUGUAUCUCAGACACUUCCCUCCCUUUUCUUGACCUCUCAGUAUCCAUUUCUGGCAAUAGUUUAUGUACUGAAAUUUACUAUAAACCCACAUUCCCAUAGCUACCUGGACCGACCUCCUACCAUCUUGUAUCCUGCAAAAACUCCAUCCUGUUUUUCCAAUUUCUCCUUCUCCCUUGCAUCUGGUUUGAUGAGACGUUCCACUCCCAAGAAUCCCUGUUGUCCUCCUCUUUCAAACAAUGCUUUUUUCUCCCCCCCCUAUCAUCCAGACAGCCCUCCACUGCACCUUUUUCAUUCCUUGCUGCACUGCUGUAAACCCCCUACCCCCAACAGCCCUGAAGAAGGGUUAAUACCCAAAACGUUCACUUCACCUCCAGAUGCUGCCUGGCUUGUUGUGUUCUUCCAGCCUCCUGUUUGUCUGCUGUUUUAUGAGUACCAAGAGGUUGCUGCACUUUCAGAGGUACAUUAAUCCUAUAUUCUCCCUUAGUUGUACAAAAAAUAAAAUCCCACAACAAUAUUCUAUAACUAACAUCAUUAAUAUUUCUGAUCAUUGUCAUAUUAAUGUCUGAGAGAUCCUGCUCUUACAUAUUUUGCUAUAUUUCCUACACUACAACAAUGAUUACACUUCAAUUGGCUGUAAAACAUUUGAGGAUGUCCUGAGUCUUUGAAAGGUAUCAAUACAAAUUUCAAAACAGUUUGAUCAGACUCACUACAUUGUAUAAACAUGCAUGGUCUCAUCCCUUUGUAAUCUAGGCUGGAAUAGUGAUGUAUUUAGAGAAUCACAGAAUGCUUACAGCACAGAAAAGCCACUUGCUGUAUCAUGUCCAUGCUGGCUCAGAGUUAGUCAGCAAAUCCCACUCCUUGCGCAUUUCCCCAUAGCCCUGUGUUUCUUCUCAAAUAAUUAUCCAAUUCCCGUUUGAAAAUCACUAUUAAUCUGCUUCCACCAACCAUCAGGAAUACAUUCCAGAUUCUAGCACUCACAUUAAAAGCUUUUCCCCAAUGCCUUUCUAGUUCGUUGUUAGUCACCUUAAAUGUCCUCUGUUUUUCAAUCUUCUACCAACAUGAACACUUUUGUAUAUUAAUUCUUCCUGGAAUUCUCAGGAUUUUGAAUAAAUCUAUGAAAUCUUCUGUCAAUCUUAAAUAAAAGCAAUAAACUGCAAAUGCUGGAAAUCUGAAAUAAACACAUAAAUCAGCAGGUCUGGGAGCAUCUGUGGGGAGAGAAACAGUUUGUUUUGAAUCUGGUAUGACGUCUUCAGAACCUAAUGCUACCAGACCUGCUGAGUUUCUCCUGUAUUUUCUGCAUUUUUUUCUCUCAACCUUGUCCUCAAAAGAGAACAGCCCCAGUUUCACCAGUCUAUCUCCGUAACUGGUCUCUCAUUCCCAGAGUCAUUUUUGUAGGUAUUUUCUGUACCCUCUCGAGUCAUUUCACAUGUUAAAGUUGCUCCUUUUAGAGUUGUAUUCUUUGUAUUGUUGUUUCUUGUCUUUCCACCAAAACUUGUCAUUUCAUACAUCCACAUUAAAUUUCACCUGUCAUUUACCUACCUAUUCCAAUACUGUCGUCUAUGCUUCUUUAUAGUCUGUCAUGAUCCUCCUCAUAGUUCACAAUGCUUCAAAAUUGAUGUGAUUUUCAUAUUUUGAAAAUGUGCCACAUGUAAAUCUAGGUCAUGAAUCCAGAUCAAGAAAAGUUAUGGCCUUAACACUAAGCAAAGUGUACCUUCGACCAGGCUAAAACCAAUUAUUCACUAUUAAUAGAGUCAUAGAGAUGUACAGCAGGGAGACUGACCCUUCGGUCCAACCUGUCCAUGCCGACCAGG